CUCCCCCUGUAAUCCGCCCCCCUCUCUUGCCUGUCUCCUGUCCUCUCCUUCCAUCUGGCCCACCUGCGUGUGUCAUUGGAGGCCCUGGCAUGGUGACCAUCAGAUUCAAGCUUUCAGCUUUCAGCAUGCAGCGAAGACACUGACACACUUGUACAGUAAGAAGGAGAGCUUAUUGAAAACUGAAGAGUUCUCAUGACGUCAGCGUGAAAUACCAUUGUGAUGCUUCCCAUACUUUUGCAAGCGCAGCUGCCUUUAAAAAGGAAUCUUCACCUUGAAUCGUUGAUUGUAAAUACUAACAUUCAACCUUCUCUUUAUAAACUUAUGAGUUCCCCUCAGAUUUAUCCCAACUACAUAUUUUAAAUGCCACUCUGAAAGGCUUGUGGAAGCGUGGGCCACAAAACUAACUUUGUGUGAUAUAAUUGAUUCCGUUUGACAGAUGGUUGUCGUCAAGAGAGAGGACAGUAGUAGACUUGUUUUGAAAGGUUAUUAGGUCGAGGCAAUGAGGUUUCUGUUUGAUGUUGAAUGCCUGUCACCAGAAAGACCGAUAAAAAGAUUCUGCACAUACCGGCUGGCUUUGCCAGUGUAUAAAUGUCAAACUCUGACGCUUGAAGCAGACACACAACGACACACAUCAGCUUCACCUCCAGAUCAUGAAACCUUUUCAAUGAAUAAUAUAUUUUAAAUUUUGCGGUGCUUGACAACAGUUUUGGCGACUUAUCACAAACAUGUAGACUUUUUGGGCUAAGUGACACUAGUUCUGUACUUCAGUGAACAGUGUGUGUACCUGAUUUGGAGACUGACUACAAUAAUAAUCAACGUGGCACCCAUGGUGUCCUUCUCCAUGGUAACACUGGCCAUUGCCGCGCUCUGUCUGCCUCACUCUGUCUCUCUCGGACUAUUCCAGAACAUCUCAGGUGUCUAUCUGGGGUCCAAGAUUGUGGAGGAAGCUUUAAGAAGAGCUGUUGAAUUAACUGACGCUGCCUAUGCUCAUACCAAUGAAAGAGUGAAGAUGACUCUGUCAGAAGGGGCUUUGAGGUCCAGUGAUCUACUUGCCCAGUUCAAACAGACCGGGCCCAUGACCAGGACCCAGAUAAGAGCAGCAGAGCUCCUGGACAUCACAGUGGAGCUGAUCAGGGAGAUGGUCUACACCAACGCCAUGACCCAGCCCAACCUCACGGAGCUGCUGAGUCAGGCUGACGUGGAGCCCCUACUGCUGGCUACCGGCUGCUCCUCUGAGCUGAUGAGGCCGCGGUGUGACAUGGGCUGUCUGAGCCAGCGCUACCGCUCCUUUACUGGGGAGUGCAACAACAGACAACACCCUAAAUGGGGGGCUGCCAACACGCCGUACUCUCGCUGGCUGCCACCGGAGUACGAGGAUGUCAGAGGGGUUCCCCGAGGUUGGGACCCUCAGCACACGUACCACCACUUCACCCUCCCCCCGGUGCGCUUGGUGUCUCAAGAGGUGCUCUACACCCACAACGACAACAUCUCUCUGGACUCCACUCUGUCGCACCUGCUGGUGGAGUGGGGCCAGUGGAUCGACCAUGACCUGGCCCUGACCCCACAGAGCCCUAGCACGUCUGCCUUCAAGACGGGAGCGGACUGCACCCACACCUGCAGCCGGGACACCCCCUGCUUCCCCAUCGAGAUCCCUUUAUCAGAUCCUCGUUCUGGGAUCCAGGACUGCAUGCCUUUCUUCCGCUCGGCCCCCAGCUGUGUUGGAGGGCCGCUGCCCCAGCGCCACAGGGAGCAGCUGAACGCCAUCACUUCCUACGUAGAUGCCAGUAUGGUGUAUGGCAGCUCACCCUCCCUGGCCUCCGCCCUGCGUGACCUCUCCUCUCCUCUCGGCCUACUGGCCGUCAACCCCCAGCACUCAGACCAGGGCCUUUCCUACAUGCCCUUCCUGCCUCGCCUGCAGCCCCACCUGGACCCAUGCGGACCUCGCCACGGGCUCAACGCCACUGCAGCAGGCACACCAGACAUCCCUUCACUCUGGAAGAACAGGACGUCGUGCUUCCAAGCUGGGGAUUCACGGGCCAAUGAGCACCUGGGGAUGAUUGCUUUGCACACGCUGUUCCUGAGAGAGCACAACAGGCUGGGGAGAGAGCUGCACCUGCUCAACCCUCACUGGAGCCCAGAGACACUCUACCAGGAAGCUCGGAAGAUCAUGGGGGCCAUACACCAGAUCCUAACAUGGGAGCACUACCUGCCGCGGGUGCUGGGUGUAAAUGCCACCUCUGACCUCAUGCCCCCGUACAAGGGCUACAAUCCCGAGGUGAACCCCAGCAUUGCCAACGUCUUCUCAGUCGCUGCAUUCCGCUUCGCCCACGUCACAGUACAGCCAAUCGUAGCGAGGCUAGGUCCUGGCUACACCCUCAGCUCCCAGCAUCCUCCUCUCCCUCUGCACGACUCGCUGUUCGCUUCGUGGAGAGUCAUCCAUGAGGGAGGGAUAGACCCUGUCCUCCGUGGGCUCCUGCUGUCUCCAGCUAAGCUCCAGAGGCCCGGGCAGAUGAUGGUGGAGGAGCUGACUGAAAGGCUGUUCCAGGCCCAGGGAGGGAUGCCUCUGGACCUUGGGUCACUGAACCUCCAGCGGGGCCGGGAUCAUGGCAUGCCUGGUUACAGCUCAUGGCGACGUUACUGUGGCCUGUUGGUUCCAAACACCACGUCGGACCUGGCCAACAUCUUGGGGAAUCCCACUCUGGCCCAUAAGUUCCUGCUCCUGUACGGAACGCCCCAGAACAUAGACGUCUGGGUCGGGGCCAUUUCAGAACCGGCGCCCCCUGGUGGCAGAGUGGGCCCACUGCUGUCCUGUCUGCUGGCCAAGCAGUUUAGAGACUUGAGAGACGGAGACAGGUUCUGGUGGGAGAGAGAGGGCGUCUUCACCAGCGCCCAGAGGACGAGCCUCAAGGCAGUGUCCCUGUCACGCCUCAUCUGUGACAAUAGCCACAUCAGCCACGUCCCAGCGGACCCCUUCUCCCUCACCGUCCGCCCGGAGGACAUGCUGGCCUGCAGCCACCCUCUCAUCCCUCAGCUGGACCUGAGCGCCUGGAAGGAACCUGACUCAGGCCUCAACUGUGGUCUAGUGCCCAGGCUACAGUCCGGUUUCUAUCUUCUGUGUGACUCAAUGGUUCUGUAUGAGUGUCACACAGGCUUCCGUCUCAUUGGCCCGUCCUCAGUCACAUGUGACUCCAGCAGCCAGCAGUGGAAUCCUGCUGCUCCCACCUGCCAAGAUAUUAACGAAUGUAUAGAACAGCCCUCAUCAUGCCCCGAAACGAUGGAGUGCACCAACGUCCCAGGUUCAUUCAUUUGUACAGAUCCUCCCUCCAUAUCCACUGUCUCAGUGGUUUCUGCGGUGCUGACCGUGGGCGGAGGGGUGGCUAUGUUGGUGCUGAUAAUGAUGUGCUACAGGAGAUAUUUUUCAAAGAAGGAGCAAGUGGAUGCUAGUUGUUGUAAAGAUGACCGAUAACCUAACCUGUAUGAUUAACUUUUUACCAUACAAAUUUGAUAUUAUAUUUUGUAUAUUACUUUUAACAGUUUAGGGCCACCAUGAAAAAUGUGUACUCAUUUAAUGUCAUGUAUGUGUGCACUCAUUAAAAAAAAUAUAUUGUACAUGCUACAUCAUCCUUGGCUGUGUUAUUCUGAUUACUACACUGCUGUUUACAAGGGCAUUGUGAGUAGUACUAGUAGGCUAACUUCAUAAAAAUUAACAAACUUGGACCUAAGUAUAAGGAUCUGGAACACUUGUCAAAUCCUUCGACAGCUUUGCUGACCAUAAUGCCAUUCUCACUGAGGUAUUCUUGGUAUGUUGGAUCUGAGUGCCAUAUUUCCUCCCAUAAACCUGUUAAGCAACUGUGGGCGUGGCAGUCAUGUUAAGCUUUUUGUAUUAAGGUAUCCAAGCAGUUCCUGGUGAUGACCUUAAUCCUGAUCACAUUUAGUCAUUUAGCAGACGCUCUUAUCCAGAGCGACUUACAGU